UUCUACAUGUCAUUUAACAGUUUUUUCCAGAUCAGUACUCUGGGUGGACUCAUGAUGGCUACAACGUUUUUCAGUUAAUAAUAUUUAGGUACUAAUUAAAUUAUUUUGUAACAAUCAUAAUCUAUUUAAAUAGAAGGCACAGUAACAAUAAUAUACGUAGAAUAAAGAAAUCAUCAAAAAUGAAUUUUUCUACAUCAGUGACUGAAAAAUUUAACGAAUUUUAUUUAUGGUCUUUAUCAGUAUCGGAUGAUAGAACAAAAGGUUGGUUAAUGGUUGAUUCUCCAACGCCAACCGUAAUCUAUACAAUAAUUUAUUUCAUAAUCGUUGGUUUGGGUCCGAGAUGUAUGAAAAAUAGAAAACCAUUCAAACUCACUCCCAUAUUGGUACCAUACAACAUCCUCAUGACAUUACUAAAUUUAUAUAUAGCUAUUGAACUUUUAGUGGCAUCUAGUCGUUUACGCUACAGUUAUGUGUGUCAACCACUAACAUUUAUCAACAACAAAGACGAAUUAAGGUUAUUGAAAGCUAUUUGGUGGUAUUACUUUUCAAAACUCCUCGAAUUUUGUGAUACAAUUUUCUUCAUUCUCCGAAAAAAAGAUAAACAGCUCACUUUUUUACACGUCUAUCAUCAUUCGACUAUGUUCUCUUUGUGGUGGAUUGGAGUGAAAUGGGUGCCUAGUGGCUCAACGUUUUUGCCUGCAAUGGUAAACAGUUUUAUACAUGUACUUAUGUAUUCGUACUAUGCUCUGAGUGCUUUGGGCCCUAAAAUUGAAAAAUAUUUAUGGUGGAAAAAGUACUUAACUAUACUUCAAUUGAUUCAAUUUACCACUGCGCUAUUUUUGGGUGUCCACGGAAUUAAAUCUGGAUGCAAAUUUCCCAUAUGGAUGCAAUAUUUAUUAGUGAUUUACAUGAUUUCAUUUAUUGUGCUAUUUGGAAACUUUUACGCAAACGCAUAUGUCCAAAAGGAUACUACAAAUAAGUCCAACAUCUAUAGAAAUUACAAGUAUACGAAAAAUGUGACAUCCUUGACUAUUGUAUUAACAUCAAACAAAAUUUGAGCAUAAAAUGUAUAAGCUACUUGGCUACAUGUAUUAUGUAUAUAGACAUCGUAUACAUUUGCCGACUAAGUAAAUUUGUAGCAUGUUUCUAUAAAAUUAUAAACACUUUUCUCCAUUGA